AUGCGGCCGGAAUGGCUCCGACUAUCAAAAUCUGUGCGUUUAUUGAUCAUCUUUGCAUCUAUCAUUGUUCUUCUUUUUCUAUUGUCAGUCGAUCAUUCCUCACAAGGCACAUCUCAAAAUGUAAUCGCUGAGAAAAGCUGUAAAUGUAAAGGAGAAACGUUUUGCUUUCAAGUUGAAAAUCUCAUUGGCGAAAUGUUCGAUUGUUCACUUUUAAAAUACUUGAAAGAAUUUCAUUUGACGGAGAGUGAUAUUGCAAACACGGAGAUCAAAAAUUUCAACUAUAAAGAAGUCGUUUUCAUCAGCUACUCAUCGAGCAAUCAUUUCUCAGAAAGUCGUCAAAUGUUAACAGAUUUUCGGAAAAAGUUUCAAAACAAGAUUAUCUAUUAUGAUAUUGGAUUGAACAAAGGAGAGUUAGCCGAACUCGCAAAUGUGUGCAAUUUGGAAGUACGUCAGUUCAACUUUUCAGCGUAUCCCGCUCAUGUACAAACACUCGGCACUUAUGCGUUUAAAGUUAUGAUUGAAGCUGAAGUCUCGGUAUCAUAUAAUGUGUUCUGGAUGGCCGACACAUCGCUCGUCUUUCAACAAUUGCCCGUUCUACAGCAAUUUUAUCUGGAUGUGAAGAAUGGAAAGGCUCCUGAAUUCAUGAUUGGCCAAAAAGUGGCGAAAGAAAUCCAAUUUACUCAUCCUGGUGAG